UAGUGUUGGUGUCUUGAAACUGACGUAAUGCGCGGAGACUGAGGUCCUGACAAGCGAUAACAUUUCUGAUAAAGACCCGAUCUCACUGCAAUCUCAAGCGUCCUCUUUUUUGGUGCUGCUCGUUUCUCCGGACCCCGCGUCCUCUCGAUCGCUCUCUCGCCUUUCCAUUUUUUUUUUUUUUUUAACAAAAAACACCCCCCCUCCCCUCUCCCACCCGGCACCGGGCACAUCCUUGUUCUAUUUCCUUUCUCUUUCUCUUGCUCUCCCUCUCUCUCUAUCUCUGUCUUUUUUAAUAAAGGGGGGAGGAGAAGGGGGGGAGGCAGGAAAGACCUUUCUCCCCCCCCAAAUAAUCCAAGAUCAACUCUGCAAACAACAGAAGACGGUUCAUGGCUCUGGCUGCCGCGCCACCAUCUUUCGGGCUGCGGAGGGUGUUCUUGACGAUUAAUCAACAGGAACUUCCAGUGGGUUCGUGCUUCUACAAGUGCUCCAGCCUCAACAACUGGGAUUCGAGGUUCUAACUUAUACCCUUUGGAACACAUAUUCUAAUAACCCAGAUAGUUAUUGAUGGAUGUAGAUGUACAGAUCAACUUUCAAAAUGUCUUCUGAGCAUCUUCUAAGACAAUUGCAUUAGCCUCCUGCUAGUUGACUAAUAGAAUUAAUACUUGUAAAAAGCAUUCUAAAGCCACAUGCCUUAUGAAGUCAAUGCUGGGUAUGAUUUUACAAAUAUGGUCCGGAAAAAGAACCCCCCUCUGAGAAACGUUGCUAGUGAAGUCGAGGGCCAGACCCUGGAGCCCAUAGGUACAGAAAGCAAGGUAUCGGGAAAGAACAAAGAAUUUUCUGCAGAUCAGAUGUCAGAACACACGGAUCAGAGUGAUGCUGCAGAACUAAAUAAUAAAGAGGAACAUAGCUUGCAUGCCCAAGAUCCAUCUUCUAGCAGUAAGAAGGACUUAAAAAGUGGAGUCCUGAGUGAGAAGCCUGGCUUCAAUUAUGAAAGCCCCAGUAAGGGAGGCAACCUUCCCUCCUACCCACAUGAUGAGGUGACAGAUAGAAAUAUGUUGGCUUUCUCAUCUCCAGCUGCUGGGGGAGUCUGUGAGCCCUUGAAGUCUCCUCAAAGAGCAGAGGCUGAUGACCCUCAAGAUAUGGCCUGCACCCCUUCAGGGGACUCACUGGAGACAAAGGAAGAUCAGAAGAUGUCACCAAAGGCUACCGAGGAAACAGGGCAAGCGCAGAGUGGUCAAGCUAAUUGUCAAGGCUCAAGCCCAGUUUCAGUGGCCUCAAAAAACCCACAAGUGCCUUCAGAUGGGGGUGUGAGACUGAGUAAAUCCAAAACUGACUUACUGGUAAAUGACAACCCAGACCCGGCACCUCUGUCACCAGAGCUUCAGGACUUUAAAUGCAAUAUCUGUGGAUACGGUUACUAUGGCAACGACCCCACAGAUCUGAUUAAGCACUUCCGAAAGUAUCACUUAGGACUGCAUAACCGCACCAGGCAGGAUGCUGAGCUGGACAGCAAAAUCUUAGCCCUUCAUAACAUGGUGCAGUUCAGCCAUUCCAAAGACUUCCAGAAGGUCAACCGCUCCGUGCUUUCUGGUGUGCUGCAGGACAUCAAUUCUUCAAGGCCUGUUUUACUAAAUGGGACCUAUGAUGUACAGGUCACUUCAGGUGGAACGUUCAUCGGCAUUGGACGGAAAACACCAGAUUGCCAAGGAAACACCAAGUACUUCCGCUGUAAAUUCUGCAAUUUCACGUACAUGGGCAACUCAUCAACUGAACUAGAACAACAUUUUCUUCAGACUCACCCGAACAAAAUAAAAGCUCCUCUCCCCUCCUCUGAGGGUGCAAAACCUUCAGAGAAAAACUCCAACAAAUCCAUCCCUGCACUCCGAUCCAGUGACUCUGGAGACUUGGGCAAGUGGCAGGACAAGAUCACGGUCAAGGCAGGCGACGACACUCCGGUUGGCUACUCAGUGCCCAUCAAGCCCCUUGAUUCCUCCAGGCAAAAUGGUACAGAGGCCACCAGUUACUACUGGUGUAAAUUUUGUAGUUUCAGCUGUGAGUCAUCUAGCUCACUUAAACUGCUAGAACAUUAUGGCAAGCAGCACGGAGGAGUGCAGUCCGGCAGCCUUAAUCCAGAAUUGAACGACAAGCUUUCCCGGGGCUCUGUCAUUAAUCAGAAUGAUCUGGCCAAAGGCACAGAAGGGGAGCCAAUGACCAAGGCAGAGAAGGGCUCUAGCGGCACGAAAAAGAAAGACUUCUCCAGCAAGGGGGCAGAGGAUAAUGUGGUGACCAGCUACAACUGUCAGUUCUGCGACUUUAGAUAUUCCAAAAGCCAUGGCCCCGACGUCAUUGUUGUGGGGCCGCUUCUCCGUCAUUAUCAACAGCUCCAUAACAUUCAUAAGUGUACCAUUAAGCACUGUCCAUUCUGUCCCAGAGGCCUUUGCAGCCCAGAAAAGCACCUUGGAGAAAUCACUUACCCGUUCGCUUGUAGAAAAAGUAAUUGUUCCCACUGUGCGCUCUUGCUUUUGCACUUGUCUCCUGGGGCGGCCGGAAGCUCAAGGGUCAAACACCAGUGCCACCAGUGCAACUUCUCCACCCCUGAUGUGGACGUGCUCCUCUUCCAUUACGAGAGCGUGCAUGAGUCCCAGGCAUCGGAUGUCAAGCAGGAAGCCAACCACCUGCCAGGAUCAUCAGAUGGGCAGCCGUCAGUCAAGGAAAGCAAAGAACACUCAUGUACCAAAUGUGAUUUCAUUACCCAGGUGGAAGAAGAGAUUUCCCGACACUACAGGAGAGCACACAGCUGCUACAAAUGCCGUCAGUGUGGCUUCACAGCUGCCGACACUCAGUCACUCCUGGGCCACUUCAACACUGUUCACUGCCAGGAGCAGGACGUCACUACAGCCAAUGGCGAAGAGGACGCUCAGGCCACGUCCACCAUCAAGGAGGAGCCCAAAAUCGACGUCAAGGUGUACAGUCUGCUCAACCCAGACUCUAAAAUGGGAGAGCCGGUGUCCGAGAGUGUGGUGAAGAGGGAGAAGCUAGAUGAUAAGGACGGGCUAAAAGAAAAAGUUUGGGCUGAGAGUCCAAGCGAUGACCUUCGCAACAUGACUUGGAAAGGGCCAGACAUCCUGAGGGGCAGUCCAUCCUUCACUCCGGCGAGCCUGGGGCUCCUGACGCACGUGGCGGGCAGCCAGGAGCAGACGAAGGCGCUGAGGGACAGCCCCAACGUGGAGGCUGCCCACCUGGCGCGCCCCAUCUAUAGCUUGGCUGUGGAGACCAAGGCGUUCCUGCAGGGGGUGCCAGGCGGCGGAGAGAAGUCCGGGGCCAUCACCUCGCAGUACCCUGCGUCUGCAGAGAGCAAGUCCAAGGAUGAGUCCCAGUCUCUGUUACGGAGGCGUAGAGGCUCGGGUGUUUUCUGUGCCAAUUGCUUGACCACAAAGACCUCUCUCUGGCGAAAGAAUGCAAAUGGCGGAUAUGUAUGCAACGCGUGUGGCCUCUACCAGAAGCUUCACUCGACUCCCAGGCCUUUAAACAUCAUUAAACAAAACAACGGUGAGCAGAUUAUUAGGAGAAGAACAAGAAAGCGCCUUAACCCAGAGGCACUUCAGGCUGAGCAGCUCAACAAACAGCAGAGGGGUGGCAGUGAGGAGCAAGUCAAUGGGAGCCCCUUAGAGAGGAGGUCAGAAGAUCAUUUGACGGAAAGUCACCAGAGAGAAAUGCCACUCCCCAGCCUGAGUAAAUACGAAGCCCAGGGGUCAUUGACUAAAAGCCAUUCUGCUCAGCAGCCCGUCCUGGUCAGCCAACCUCUGGAUAUUCACAAAAGGAUGCAACCUUUGCACAUUCAGAUAAAAAGUCCUCAGGAAAGUACUGGAGACCCAGGAAACAGUUCCUCUGUAUCUGAAGGGAAAGGAAGUUCUGAGAGAGGCAGUCCCAUUGAAAAGUACAUGAGACCUGCAAAGCACCCAAAUUAUUCACCACCAGGCAGCCCUAUUGAAAAGUACCAGUACCCCCUUUUUGGACUCCCCUUUGUACAUAAUGACUUCCAGAGUGAAGCUGAUUGGCUGCGGUUCUGGAGUAAAUAUAAGCUCUCCGUUCCUGGGAAUCCGCACUACUUGAGUCAUGUGCCUGGCCUACCAAAUCCUUGCCAAAACUAUGUGCCUUACCCCACCUUCAAUCUGCCUCCUCAUUUUUCAGCUGUCGGAUCAGACAAUGACAUUCCUCUAGAUUUGGCCAUCAAGCAUUCCAGACCUGGGCCAACUGCAAACGGUGCCUCCAAGGAAAAAACAAAGGCGCCCUCCAAUGUCAAAAAUGAAGGUCCCUUGAAUGUAGUAAAAACAGAGAAAGUUGAUAGAAGUACUCAAGAUGAACUUUCAACGAAAUGUGUGCACUGUGGCAUUGUCUUUCUGGAUGAAGUGAUGUACGCUUUGCAUAUGAGUUGCCAUGGUGACAGUGGACCUUUCCAGUGCAGCAUAUGCCAGCAUCUUUGCACGGACAAAUACGACUUUACAACUCAUAUCCAGAGAGGCCUGCAUAGGAACAAUGCACAAGCGGAAAAAAAUGGGAAACCUAAAGAGUAAAACCUUAGCACUUAGCACAAUUAAAUAGAAAUAGGUUUUCUUGAUGGGAAUUCAAUAGCUUGUAAUGUCUUAUGAAGACCUAUUAAAAAAAUUCUUCAUAGAGCCUGCCUUAUCCAACACGAAAUUCCCUUCUCUUAUUAUUCUUUCUUUUGACGAGUAGGUUACCGAGAUUAAAAAGUGAGACAAAUGGUCAGUGAGAAAAAAAAUGGAAGAUGGUAAAUAGUCACGUUCUGGAGCCUAGUAGGUCAAACCAUCUUGGGGAACGUGUAUGGUAGAUACCAUCCAUAAGAAGUAUCACCAGACUAUAAUUUCUUAUGUUUGUAAAGAAAGAGAUCAAAGCUGUCUAGAAUUUGAAAGGGUUUACAUACCAUGAAUCUAAAGCAGUAUUGGGCUGGCCAUUGGCCCAUUUAUUCAAAAACCCAUAAAUUGUUGCCUAAAUUUAGAAAUAUCCUACAACCCUAGGCAGAGGAGGAGAAAUCUAAUCUCCAGGGCAGUGAAAGGAACACGGCACCCUCUUACAUCCGCCUCCUCUCCUUGACCGUGUGUCCGGUUGAGACCUAGAAGUGUGAGCUGUGGUUGCACUUGGUGAGAGAGCAGCCAGAAGCGUGACAAACGGCGGCGCAGCGGUUUGGGCCAGCCCUGCCAGUACACACACGCACACCCACCCUCUCUGAUAUUUUUGUCCGUAGGUGUUCGGAUAUGCCUUUCAAAAGUAGUUCUUUUGUUUGCGUUUUAGGUUCAUUUUGUCCAAAUAUAUAUGCAUUUUUAAAACCAGUGUCCUCAGUGCUUAUGUAGUAAUUUUUAUUUUAGCCAGAUACUUCUUUCUUGUCUGUGAUGAACCAGUGUGGAUCUGUUUUUGAAGCCUCCUGUUGGUCACUAACCUCACUUGGGACAUUGUAACUAAAGGGAUUCCCUCAGUUCAAGAUUAGAUGGAUACAAAAGUGCAGACCAUGGGCUGAAUUGGUUUAGAACACAUGGUAUUUCUCCACCAGGUAACCUGCUGUAUUUAUUUAUUUUCUUUUGGUUAAAUAGAAUUUCCAAACUUUGUGGUCAGGCAGCGUCUAAGGUUACGUCACCACAGACUGGCGGUGUGUGUACCAAUCCAUCCCUUCAUUAGGUUUAUACAGGUUUAGUUAAGUAGCAUUAAAUAGGAUUCUUAGAAGUAUGUCUUCGUAGUACUUUUAAUACUUAAGGCUUUGUAAAACUAUCCAUGAAGGGAAAGCUCCUCAGCAUAACUGCUCAGGGAAAUAGGGCUAAAUAACUGAACAUUAAAUAAUUGGUUAAAGGUGCUGUUAGUCGAGCCUCAAUGCUUGCUACAAGGAUGUAUGUACAAGGACUGACUUUAAUAAUUUGCAUUAUAUUGUCCCAACCAGUAGUUUAUUUUUUGCCACGGAGAUGUAGAAGAUAUUACAAGCUACUGGAUGCACUGUCAGAUUAACUUAUUUCAUUAAAGAAGUUGGGAGAACAAAUAGGAAAAAAAACUUAUUUUUCUAGUAAAUAUUAAUGUAUUACAUUUCAAAUAAUGGUGCCUGACAUAUUGAAUAAUUAUUUUCUACAGUGUACGUAUGCAACAAAGAUAUUCCAUCAUGCAUUAGAGUCAGUUCUGGCUCUGCCUAGCUGUUUACAUUUGCAAAUGUAGCAAACAAGGUAAUGAAGCAACUAUUUCUAUUGCGGUAGAUAUCUUUUUGUGUGUGUGUAUGUGUGUGUGUGCAUUACAAUUGUAAACGGUGACAUGAAACAAAUGAAAGUUCUUGAUAUAAUGGUAUGGAAAACAAGAAGGAAUUGAAAAUAUUUUUAUGCCUACUUAGGAAAAAAAGGGUAGCACUAUUCAUUCCAAGUACUUUUUUUUUUAUUUUUAAGCUCUUAACUCACAUUGUUAUGCUUAAAAUGAUAAACAUAUAUCCUCUUUUUAUUGCUUUGUCUAUGUUUCAGAUGAAACAUUUCAGAGAUUAUUUUGAUGAGUGCUGCUGGAACCAGCAGCACCGAUGUUUUUAUUGCAUUCUGUAGUCACAUUUGCGCUCCAUUUUUUACAUUAAUUUGCAGUUGCUUUGUAUUGUUUUGUGUUGUUUGGGGUUUUGUUUCUUUUUCGCAGUGCCAGGUCUCCGGUUCUCAAAACUGAAUGGCAGGUAGAGUUCAGCCAGUUUGUGACUGUUGUAGUGAGUGAACUUAAACAUGUCUUUCUGGUGUUGCGUUGUCAUUUCCAUUCUGCAUUUUUGUGUUCCUAUAAAAAAAAAGAGAGAGACAGACAGACAGAGAAAGAAAGAAAGAAAUCAGGACUAAGCCUUCUGCUUCAGCUUCUUUUUUUUUAAAGGGCUCUAUUCUGAUCUCACCUGUUGCGUAGCUCUAACCUUCACAUAAACUGAAAUAAAAAGGUGGAAUGAGGAGCUUCGACAUUCAAAUGAUGUGAUGUAAUUUAUCUUUCUUAAGAAUGUAAUGAAUGCAUCUCAAGUGCACAGGCAGACUUGAGAGGUCGCAAGGAAAGAUUAAAAAGAGAGAGAGAGAGAGAUUUCCCAAACAAUAACAGUAUUUAGUUUUCUUAGUAAAAAGGCUGGUAACAGUGCAUUCUGGCGACCCUCAAGCAGCCUUGUAUGUGGACUGCUUAAAUCAGCAAAAUGCCAGAAGUUUGGUUAAGGCGGCCAUUUUACAGGUAUGACUUUCGGGGUAAAACGACUCAAUCAGCAGUUUCUUCACUGUGUCAGACACAAAUAGGUUGUUCACUUUGGGCAGGUAUGCCUUUCUAUUUUCAUGGUUUUUUCCCCUCAAACGGACCUGGUAGUAAUGUUUAGCAUUGGAAAAUACAUAUCACUGUUCUUGGAAUAUUUAUGGUCAAUCUACUUUCAGUAGAAUGUUCUUGGAUCGCAUUGCCAUGCUAGGUCUUAUUCCUUUAUUAUUGGUUAUUUUAUUUUCAUUUUCAUUUUUGCUGUUAUACAUAUUUUGAUGGAGAAGAAGUUGGGCUUUUCUAAAAAGAUUAAAAUAUAACACUAAAAUACCCCUUAUUUUUGACUUGUGAGAGCCUUUGUUCCAUCUUUCAAAAUAUAUUACAAAAAUGAUUGUUAUUUUUACUUUAUUUGGUUUUAAGACAUUGUUUUGUCUUAAAUCGUGACUUUUAAAUGAGCUAUUUAGGUACUUAAUUUUUUUCGAGGACUUUCAAGAUGAUCUAGGGAUUUCCCCUCUUGGAAAAAAGGCUUCCCCUGAUGGUGAAAACUGUAUGCCAUUUAAAAACUCUAAGCCCUUUAAAAGUAAUUAUCUAUGUUCUGAAUCACCUUUGGAUCAAACUCUAAGCCACGACCAGUUCAUAUAUUCUCCUUCUCACCUUCCCCUUUUCUCACUCUUUCUCCCUUCCUCUCUCACCCAUGUAUCCAUGACGCUGUUGGGAAUAGAAAAAUCAACAAGAGCCAGCCCACCUCACCAGGCUGUGGAUUGAGAGACACUACAUGACUCUAAGCAAGGAGAAAAGGAUGGAGCUCUAAACAUUCACUCGUUAACUCUGUAGUACAGGAGAGAAAGAGUAUAUGCCCUUCUUUCCACGUGACACAUUGAGAUGUUCUUUUUUAAAAAACCAGUUUUGAAGAUAGUGACGUUUUGUUCUAAACUGUUCUCUUUUAGUAAAGGUAGAUUUUAGAAGACAAGCAUGGGGAUUCUUUUCUGCGAUAAUAUUAAUGAGAAGAAGAAAAAGGUGAUUAUCUUUGACAGCUCUUUGUGGAAGCCUGUGGUAGCACAUUCUGAUUGCACGUGUGCACAUAAUCUCUUACGAUCCAAUGCAAAUGCAGCUCCAAAAAUAUUAAAUGUAUAUAUAUUUUUAAAUGCCUGAGGGUAUACAUUGUUCUUAAGAAAUUGAAGAGUAUCGAUACUGCUAUUAAAAUAAUUAUUAGCCUCCUGCUAUGUGGCUGCAAAAUAUCACAAGGUGACCUGUUUUGAGACCUCCAAACCACCUGCCUGUUUAGUUAGUGAACAUGAACGCAGCUCUGGAGGGGGAAUGUCUGUCAUUCAUUGGUGGAAGGAAGCGUGGAGCAAAGAAGGGUGUUCAGCCUCUGGGCUGUGUGCCAGCCUUUUGCCUAAAAGUUUACACGAGCUCACAGCUUCCUGUCUUUGGGUUGAGGGCCAUGGCAGAAAAUGCGAGACAUCUUUGGUGAGCAAGGAGUUCAAAGCUUGCCCUCCUGGAUCACAGGAGAAAAUCAGAGGAACUGAAAUGCAUCCUGAAUAGGAAUCUUAACUAUGCUAACCAAAGGUAGGUACUAUUAGAUGGGAUUCUAUCAGCAGGCAACUGUACAUGAGAGGAGAAUAGAAAGACGUGCAUCAAGACUUUGAAGGGCUGUGUUAUUUUCCCAAAGAAAGACUUGGCCAAGGGCAGAAGGCAUAGCUUCUUUGAAGAGCACUUCCUUUUGGUUCCCCAAUUACUGUUUCAUAGACAAUGGACUCACGUAUUCCUGAUAGUGGUGCCAUUGUUUAGAAAGCACCCAUGGUUAUUCGCAGUAAUUAGGACCUCUGGAAGAUGCUAGGGCGGAAUUGUGUCAAGUCAGGGAUGAAGAAAAUGUGAAAUUCAACAUUGACUCCCACGUGGAAAACUGGACAGUGUGUGCUCGUGUGUUGUCUUGAAGGGAAAGGUAGAGCUGUAAGCCUCACUCCGUCCUUCACCAGGGAAGAGCAAAGUACCUCUUCAUGGAAAUCACGUGUAUCCUUCAUCAGAGAAAAUGGUCCCUCCAGAUCUCUAAGUCCCAAAACUGUAUUCUGAUUCCCCCUCCCCCGGGUUGUCUUUUCAUUAUAUGACCUGCAGCAAAUCACUUUUUCUUUUUGUGCCUCAGGUUCCUCACCUGUAAAAUUGAAAAAUAUAUAUUAAUAAUAAUAAUAUUAAUAAUAAUAAUAAUGGUUAUGUAGUACUUGUUUGUAAAGCACUUUGAGAUCCUUGGUUGAAAGGCACCGUGGCAGUGCCAAAGUAUUAUAUGGCCAAGGGGCUUAUUUAAACUCUCAGUUCCCGAGGGCCAGGAACAGUUGGGGUCAUUUGUGUUAGGGAUGAGCUGUAAAUACCGUAUCUAGACAGCCUAUAGUGUUGGCUAUGAAGACGCAAACUAUCACAAGGCUGAUAAAAACCAUAGUUUUUUAAUGGCUACCAAUAAGGUAAAUAUCACAAUCAAUGCCAAAUCCCUUAGGGUGAACAGUUGGACAAUAUGGAUAAUUUGGGGGGUGGGAUGGGAGUAGGAAACACCUCAAAAUGCCAAUGUAAAAUUAACUUUACAGCAAUAUUCACCAGCAGAAAAUGUCUUUCAUAUGGAAUGAUUUCAUGUUGCUAAGAAAAAGUUCAAUUUGUAGUCCUGAUUUGAAUAUUAGAAUGUUGGCUAUAAUAGUUCUGUUCUUACAACACAUGGAAUUUUUUUUUGUUUUAUUUAAUUUUGUUUUCAUAGUGCAUGUUCAUUUCUACUCACAAACAUGUUCUUGGUGUAUUUCUUAUGCAAACAAUCUUCAGGCAGCAAAGAUGUCUGUUACAUCUAAACUUGAAUAAUAAAGUUUUACCACCAGUUA